UCCAGCGCGCGAGAGGAAGUGCCUGCGCGGGACUGCGUGAGGGAGCGAGGGAGCGAGGGAGCGCGGCGCGGCCGCCGCGUGCGCGAGCCGGGGUUGCAGCCCAGCCGGGACUUUCCAGCCGGCGGCAGCCGCGGCGGCCGCCGGCUCUUCCCCGCCCCCCGCCAUGGGGCAGCCCGGGGAGCAGGACGCUGCGGACCGCGGCGGAGGACGCGCUCGGCGCCCCUGAGCCGGCCGAGCGGCGGCGGACCGCGAGAUGAGGAAAAUGAGGCCCAAAGAAGUGAUGCCACUUGGUUAAGGUCCCAGUGCAGGUCAGAAUCAGAUCUAGGAUCAGAAACCUGGCUCCUGGCUCCUGGCUCCUGGCUCCUGGCUCCUGGCUCCUGGCUCCUGGCUCUCUACUUUUCUAAGGACCGCUGUCCUGACAGAAGAGGUAAGGGACUCCGCUACAGUAAUUAAAGAAGGAUAAGGCUGGCAGUUGCUUUGCUCCUUUUUUUAUUGAAGUCCUCUUCCUGAUCAAGCUUCCAUAUAUCUCCUUAAAGCAUAUGACACACAGAACUCCUCCUCUUUCCUAAAAUGGAGUCGAGUAAAAAGAUGGACUCCCCUGGCCCGCUGCAGACUAACCCGCCGCUAAAGCUGCACACUGACCGCAGUGCUGGGAUGCCGAUUUUUGCCCCCGAACAAGGAGGUUACAAGGAAAAGUUUGUGAAGACCGUGGAGGACAAGUACAAGUGUGAGAAGUGUCGCCUGGUGCUGUGCAGCCCGAAGCAGACUGAAUGUGGGCACCGCUUCUGCGAGAGCUGCAUGGCCGCCCUGCUGAGCUCUUCAAGUCCAAAAUGUACAGCGUGUCAAGAGAGCAUCGUUAAAGAUAAGGUGUUUAAGGAUAAUUGCUGCAAGAGAGAAAUUCUGGCUCUUCAGAUCUAUUGUCGGAAUGAAAGCAGAGGUUGUGCAGAGCAGUUAACGCUGGGACAUCUGCUGGUGCAUUUAAAAAAUGAUUGCCAUUUUGAAGAACUUCCAUGUGUACGUGCUGACUGCAAAGAAAAGGUCUUGAGGAAAGACCUGCGAGACCAUGUGGAAAAGGCGUGUAAAUACCGUGAAGCCACGUGCAGCCACUGCAAGAGUCAGGUUCCGAUGAUCGCGCUGCAGAAACAUGAGGACACCGACUGUCCCUGCGUGGUGGUAUCCUGCCCUCACAAAUGCAGCGUCCAGGCUCUCCUGAGGAGCGAGUUGAGUGCACACUUGUCAGAGUGUGUCAAUGCCCCCAGCACCUGUAGUUUUAAGCGCUAUGGCUGCGUUUUUCAGGGGACAAACCAGCAGAUCAAGGCCCACGAGGCCAGCUCCGCCGUGCAGCACGUCAACCUGCUGAAGGAGUGGAGCAACUCGCUCGAAAAGAAGGUUUCCUUGUUGCAGAAUGAAAGUGUAGAAAAAAACAAGAGCAUACAAAGUUUGCACAAUCAGAUAUGUAGCUUUGAAAUUGAAAUUGAGAGACAAAAGGAAAUGCUUCGAAAUAAUGAAUCCAAAAUCCUUCAUUUACAGCGAGUGAUAGACAGCCAAGCAGAGAAACUGAAGGAGCUCGACAAGGAGAUCCGGCCCUUCCGGCAGAACUGGGAGGAAGCAGACAGCAUGAAGAGCAGCGUGGAGUCCCUCCAGAACCGCGUGACCGAGCUGGAGAGCGUGGACAAGAGCGCGGGGCAAGUGGCUCGGAACACAGGCCUGCUGGAGUCCCAGCUGAGCCGGCAUGACCAGAUGCUGAGUGUGCACGACAUCCGCCUGGCCGACAUGGACCUCCGCUUCCAGGUCCUGGAGACCGCCAGCUACAACGGCGUGCUCAUCUGGAAGAUUCGUGACUACAAGCGGCGGAAGCAGGAGGCUGUCAUGGGGAAGACCCUGUCCCUUUACAGCCAGCCUUUCUACACUGGCUACUUUGGCUAUAAGAUGUGUGCCAGGGUCUACCUGAACGGGGACGGGAUGGGAAAGGGGACGCACCUGUCGCUGUUUUUUGUCAUCAUGCGUGGAGAAUAUGAUGCCCUGCUUCCUUGGCCAUUUAAGCAGAAAGUGACACUCAUGCUGAUGGAUCAGGGGUCCUCUCGGCGGCAUUUGGGAGAUGCGUUCAAGCCCGACCCCAACAGCAGCAGCUUCAAGAAGCCCACUGGAGAGAUGAAUAUUGCCUCUGGCUGCCCGGUCUUUGUGGCCCAGACUGUUCUAGAAAAUGGGACAUAUAUUAAAGAUGAUACAAUUUUUAUUAAAGUCAUAGUGGAUACUUCGGAUCUGCCCGAUCCCUGAUGAGUAGCUGGGGAGGUGGAUUUAGCAGAAGGCAACUCCUCUGGGGGAUUUGAACCGGUCUGUCUUCACCGAGGUCCUCGCACUCAGAAAAGGACCUUGUGGGACGGAGGAAGCGGCAGAAGGCGGACGCGUGCCGGCGGGAGGAGCCACGCGUGAGCACACGUGACACGUUUUAUAAUAGACUAGCCACACUUCACUCUGAAGAAUUAUUUAUCCUUCAACGAGAUAAAUAUUGCUGUCAGAGAAGGUUUUCAUUUUCAUUUUUAAAGAUCUAGUUAAUUAAGGUGGAAAACAUAUAUGCUAAACAAAAGAAACAUGAUUUUUCUUCCUUCAACUUGAACACCAAAAAACACACACACACAUACAUGUGGGGAUGGCUGGACAUGUCAGCAUGUUAAGUAAAAGGAGAAUUUAUGAAAUAGUAAUGCAAUUCUGAUAUCUUCUUUCUAAAAUUCAAGAGUGCAAUUUUGUUUCAAAUACAGUAUAUUGUCUAUUUUUAAGGCCUCAUCUGGUCUCUGUUUUAAUAAUUUGUUUGUCAGAAGACCCUGAAGUAUACCUAGGUCUUUUUUUGAAAGUCUCUAAAUUCAGAAUCAUUUUUAAUUUAAAGUUCUACAAAUAAUUGUUACUGCAAACAUUUUAUUUUAAAACGCUGAUAGACUGAUUUCUUGGAAGAAAAUAUAAAAUAUCAAACACUGGUUAUCACUUGUGAUAGGAAAGAGAAUAUUCAACCUGUUGUUAUUUCUCGUUAGAAAUGUAAACCUUCAAUAUCUGUCGUAGUUAAUGACACGACUUCACAAUUCUGAACGGAGCCUCGCUCAUGGAUGCUGUGCAUCAUUUUCAGAUUUAUAAUUGUUUUCACCCUAAAAUAGGGCAUCCGUUGAACUUUGGAGUUCUAAACAAAAUCCUGUAGGUGUUUGGAUUCUGCCCCUUGUGUUCGGACGAGCUCUCUGUUGCUGACAGCACCGGCCUUCGGUCUCCAUGUCAGGGGUGGGCGGGUGACUGCUGAGGGAGGCCCGCAGGUGUGUUUCUCCAUCCCGUCAUCUUGCUGCAUGCCGUCAACGGUCUCCGAAAGCAACAUUGCGCAUAGAGCUGGUGGCAUACGGUACAUGUGCCUUAGAUGUGACAUGCUGCUUCUCCACCCUGGGUUUGCGUUGAGCAUAAUUCUAGAAAGUGCUAGUUUAACCAGACUUUUCUCUCCACCACUAGAUCUUUGUCUCUACAAGGGCCCUCAGACACCUCCACACCUGCUGAGGGGAAGCCAGGCUCCACUGUCGGCUUCUGGAGCCUCUGCUGCUUAAUUACCACAGAUUCCAAAUCUCUAGGCCCCACGAGUGAGCCGCCUGGUCCAAGUAUGGCCUGGUCCCACCCUGAGGGAGGCAGGUGUGGAACAGAAGCCAAGCCUCUCCGUGUCCCCACCGGGGCCGUGGGCACCCCCACAGCCCGAAGCAGAACCCUCUGAGCAUUCCAGAGACCGCUGCUCGGGGGCCUGCCCAGGCUGACCGACGGGCGCUCCUGACCACCACCCUGGCGGGAAGGGUGGCCACAGGGCCCGUCGUUCCAGCCUGCGCCUGCCCGGACGGCAUUUUCUCAACUCACUGUUUACUGUCUCUCAGUGUCCAACUGUGAUUAGAAGCCUGGAGCCCGGCCCCUGCACCCCUUUUGCUAUGCACCACGCUUCCUGGUGCUCUUACCACUGAUGGGUGCUACACGCGACGGGUGCUUCUUAGGCAAAACCAAUGUGUGCGAACCGCCACACCUGUGCCACUUGCCCACAAGCCGCGCCCACAAUUGGCCAGCUGGGCCGUGCACGUCAGACUGCCUGCCUCGGCUCUCCCUGUGGCCGCGCGGGGACAGCUUGGUGGGUGCCCGGUGGCCCACCUGUCUCUGGUGCUGCCAUCUGUCCUGGGUGUGCCUUCGCCCCAGUGCCUGCUGGAAGUGCCCUCCGUCGCACCCCUGUGCCCCGAGCUCCCAUGAGGGGCCUGCCGCGCCCUUCGCGGGCGAAGUGCUCCGUUGUUCUUAUCUGCCUUUCCUUUCCCCGCUUUCCUGGGAUUGCUUUGGGGGAAUGAGCAUCCUUGGUUCUGCCCCAUGAGGGAGCUCAUAAAGCAAGGACUUCCUGCAGAAGCUGCGGAAAACCACUGUUCCUUCAAGGUGUCCCCCACCUCAGGCCUGUCCCCUACCUGCCCUACCUGACCUCAGGUAGUUUUCCUGAGGUCAGGGGUUAACAACAGGGACAUCCCUGCAACUUCCCCUUCACAAAAUGUACAAUAUUAGAUUAAGGUUAUGCAACAUCUUGGUCUGGUAAGAACCGUUUCCUCCCCUCUGGGUUGAAGUCCUGGUGUGGCCCCCGGAAGCAGCAGUGUGUGUCGCUGGGACGUCUCCAGUAGCCCUUCCCAGGCAGAUGCUCCUGGGGGGACGCCAUGGGACCCCACCCAAGGGUCCCACAGACAUCACCUGAGUGAUGGGGGUCCUUGAGGAUGGGAUGGCCCAUGUCACACGCUUUGUCCUUGUGUUUGGUUGUAUUGGGGUCUCUGUUCUGAGUGUGUCUUCCUCUCGUACUCAGCACGGGGGGCAGCAGCCUGGGACGGCGUCCCCUCUCCCAGCAGUGGGCAAGCCUUGUGCUGCUCCACCCUCAACCCCCAGGCACCCUCACUUGGCGCUCGCCACCUGAGCCAGCCUGAGGCCAUGGUCUCCCUGCAGCUGAGGCCCAGUGGCCCCUCAGGCAGUGGUCGGCCCUCCCCGUGUCACAGGGCCCUGGCAGCAAGUAUGAAAUGGGGGCGCACACUGUGUGCUUGGGGGUGCUGCUUAUUUACCAAAAGUGACCAAACUCCCAGCAGGACAGAACCGUUCAGUACUUUACAGAAACCAUCUGAGUCCUUUGUGCAUGAAUUAAGCCGGUCUGCUUCCCUGUCACCUUCGUAACAAAACACCGUCCCCUCUUCCCUCGCCUCGAGCAGUUUCUCCAGGACACCGUGGUUCGGGCUGCUCCCUGCUGCCGGGCACGCUGGGCGGCUGGCCUGGGCCCGCCUCACACGAAGGGCACUGGCUCUUGUGACUGCGCUGAGCCACGUGCAAGCCGCAGCCAGGCCUGGAAGCCUGACCCUCUGGUUCUAGGGCUUGUCCAGCAGAGCCUGCAGAACUAGAAGUUGGGGUGUGUCUUUGAUGAUAUGGGGGCCAGGCUGGGAGUAGGGCCUUUUCCGCAGGGUUGGGUGGCUCAGUGAGGGUGUGGAAGUGGGGCCCAUGGGGCCCUGGCUUUGGGACUAGACGUGCCCGCUCCAGCUGGGCUGGAGGGAGCCUGAGUAGUCCCUGACAUGUGCUGGGCUUUUCAACUCGCGGUGCUCUGGUGACACAGGCGGCCAGGUCAGUACUUGUGUCAAUUCUAGGAGCCGUCAAGCAUGAAAGUGGUGCUGUCCCCUGAGCACAAGCCUCACCAGAGCCCUGGGCGAAGGCGUGGACUUGCAGAUGUGUGUUCCCUGUGCAGGUGGGCAGAAGGGGCCCUCGAGACCCAGGUUGCAGCCCCAUUCUGUUACCCCUUCCUCCCCAGAGCAGCCUCUGCCAAGGGACGGCACCUGUGUCCCUUCGAUGCCACCAGUCAGUUGAACAGGGAGCCCUUUGCUCAGGCAGCUUCUUCUGCCUCUCCCUCCUUUCCUGUCCCAUCCUCCAUGCCCUUGGCCUGUGGUGCCGGGGAGCCGUGGUGUGGCGGACUGGGAGCCGUGGUGUGGCAGACUGGGGCUCCUGCUCCUUGGGUCACUUCCUUGGCCCGGGCCCCACAGGCCCACCGCCUGCCAGGGCUCUCACUGCACUGGCUGUGGCAGGAGGCUUCCCCACAACCCCGUGUGGCCCAGCUCGGUGAGGAUGCAGUUCCAGGCACAGUCCCUGGGACAACCAGCUGCCUCCCAGACCACCUCAGCCUGCUCCAGGGUCCUCAGUCACCCUGGGCCAGGGGCCACAUGUCCCAUGGAUGUCGGCCAUGCCAACGUCACAUUCCAGCACCCCUUUUGCUUGAUGGUGUCCGGUGGUAGUCACCAUGGUGGACCCACAUCCUUCAGCCAGAGGUGAUGUCAGACAAAGGAAGGGUGGUCUGGAUGGGUCCUUAAACAACCAUUCUGUCCCUAGCGGGGUUAUUCCUUGUCAACCCAAGGGAGGGCCGGGGAGUACACUGAUCCCAACAGCUGGGCUGACACCUCCUUUCUGCCCUGCACAGGGAGGAUUGGCACGAGGACUGUUACCCUGUGCACAGCCCCAGCAGGGUGGCAGUGCCACUGUCUCCGUGGGCCAUUGCAGGGUUGGGCAGGCGCAGACUCCCCUGGCGGGCCCCUUGCUCAAUUCCCAGCCCUCCCAGACUCCUGCCUGUACUGGGGGUAAUUGGUGUGUCAAAAGGGCUCCAGCAGAACUGUAAAAUACUGUUUUUAAAAAAUUUAGUGCAGAUCUUUACUUAGUAGACUGCAGGAGAGCUAGGGAGAGUGCUGGGAGCCCCUUUGCUUUUGUGUCUGUGAGAUGAAUGAGGGUCUGUCACCCAAAUCUACUUCUCAGCCCAUGACCAUUGUUCUGUUUUCCGUUUGCUAAUCUCAGUAGCUCUGUUUUCUCCAAAGUAGAAUGUGCCCGCCGGGGCCCAGGCCAGGUGAGGUCAGUGUGGGCAGGCUACCCGGUCAUUAUUGCUGCCUCGUCCAGGCUGGUGUUGAUGGUCACAGGCACGGUGGCAUCAGGGAGCCGGGCCAGCAGGCGGCGUGAGGCAGGGCCCGCAGCUCACUGCAAGGGCGUUCUCCACCUGACCCAGGUGUGCCCCACGUGUGGUUGCAGGGCAGACGUAUGAAGCCUUGGCCGCCUCAGGGCUGGCAGGUGUGCGGGUGAGGAGGCCCCGGUGGCCAAGCAGAGCCUGCGUUUCAUUUCUCCUGCUGCACUGUGUCUAGUCUGUCUUGUGAACUCUCACCCGUGAAAAGAUGCUAGAAGUCCAGGAUCGCUGCACCACUCCUGUAAUUAGGUGAUUGGUUUUGACAACUUAGUCCCCUCAGACAAGUAAGAUACCCCCUCCAACAGCAAAUUCAGUGACUUAAUUGGAAAACACACAAGCUGACAUGAUGUCCGGUGAUUUCUCUAAGAAAUGCCUGUAGGAGGUGUGGGAGGUGUGUGAAGUGUGGAGGGCAGUGUAGACGCUGCACAGCAUCUGCAGAUUUGCAACCCCUUCUCUGCCGGUGCCUCUGUGUUCAGUUCUGUUACCCAAAAACAAAGACCAAAGAAGGCCAGUCUCUCAUUCGACCCUAUCUUUUUAAUCUGCCUGUUUUAAAAAUUGCGUCUGUAGUAGCCGCUUGCUGUGAGGACACAUCUUGACAGUCCAAGUGAUUCUGUGACCAGUGAUUCGGGUCCUGUUUUCCGCUCUUCUAAGAAAAAAACAAAAAGACCAUCAGUGAUUUGCCCAGCAAUAAUCAUGUUGUUACUGUGAGUUGGCAACAUGCCUGACUUUCUGAUAGCAUUACUGUUUUCUAUUUUUGUUUAUUGUAUAUUAUGUGUGGUUUUCUUUGGUAUUUAUUUGUGUUUUGAGGUCUUGCAAUGUUUUUGUGUUUCUGAUGCUAAUAACUAAAGUUUGUAAGACUGUAGAAUGCAAAACUCGGAGAUGCUAAACUGUCUUAUUAGAGGAAAAUAAAUCUGAUUAUGGAGUCUCA